AUGCCUUCUUUGAUCACACAAUUCCUAUCCUCAAUCAAGGAUCAUGUGGUUGCGCUGAACGGUGACAGUCUCGACGCCUGGCUGCAGGUUGAGCCGGGUUCAACAAGCCACGCCUAUAUGCAGCUCCGUGACGAGUUGAGGCAAAGCCUGGGUGUAAACAGCAACCUCGAAAAGUUGGUUGAGAAGUCACUACCCGAAAUCGAUGACCCUCCGGAUGGUACUGGAUCACCAUGGCCCAGCUUCGUUACCUUCGUCAAGGAUUAUCUGCUAUAUUGGAGGGAUGCGGAUUUCGACGACUUGUUGAGUGUCCAAGAAUCGCUAUCUUGUGCUACUGCGCUAUCACACCCACAGUAUGGAAGCAUCAUGUUUCAGACCAGCAUAUCGCUCUCCGAGGCACUUUCUAAAGUCGUCAUGAUGCUUCACCGGCGCCCUGAGCUGAUGCAAGGGCAGAGGUCUGUUGCUGGGGGCGAAGAUAGCAAGUCCAUGGUCGAGCAGUCUGCCGACAUCAUCCAGAAAAUCUUCACCUCAUGUCUUACGGACAGAUCAAGUACCAGAUUUGCAAGACCGGAGGGCAAGAAAGUCGGAGUUUACAUAUUUGCCAACCUCGUCCUGAAACUUCUCUUCACAUGUGGUAAAUCUCGCCUUGCAGCACAGCUGUUGCUUAACGUAUCCGCGAGCGGACCACCACUGCAACUAUAUCCGGCUGCACAGCGGGUUACGUUCCUCUACUACCUCGGAAGGUUCAACUUCGACUGCGACAACUUCGUGCGCGCGUCGCUGUGUCUUGAGGAGGCCUACCUGCAAACCCCACCAGCUCUCCAACGCCACCGAAGACUCAUUCUCACCUACCUCAUCCCAUCCAACAUUAUGCUCGGGCGGUUCCCCAGUGAGGUUCUCCUCGCCAGGCCUGAGGCAGCGACUCUUGCUGCUGUGUUCCUCCCCAUAAUGGCCUCCAUCCGCAAAGGGAACUUUAUUGCUUUCCAGCAAGCAAUAGCGGCCAAUGAGCGCUGGUUAUACCAGAAAGGCCUGCUUUUCACCCUCACCUUCCGCUUGCGCCCAAUCGUGUGGCGCUCUUUCAUCAGGCGAUGCUUUCUCCUUACCUACGAAGCCCCGCCGCCAGCAUCACGCGCAGCGCCGACUCUCAAUUUAGCGGACGUGUACGUCGCCGCUGCAUAUGUCCAGAAACGCCUCGAAGGCUAUGUGCCAGCACGAACUCAGCAGCAGCCCAAACGUCAGUUGCAAACGAAUAACAUUUUUAUGAUGGCCGUGACUAACAGCGCUGCCGAUGCCUCGUCUGCACUGAUGCCGCCGUCAGGCGGAAAGCAAAGGAAUUUGAAACCCAGUGAGGGCUUGUUCUGGGGAAACUUACAGGUUACGGACAAAGAAGUCGAAGGCGUGAUCGUGGCACUAAUCGCUCAGGGGUUAAUGAACGGUUUUCUGGCCCACUCGAGCGGCAGAUUCGCCGUGAUGGGAGCAAAAAAGGCCGGUGGACCGCUUGCUGCAGGAUGGCCAGCAGUCGUCCGAGUAGUAGCUGACAAGAUGGUGGAGGAUGGUAUCGACAUCAACGAAGUGCCGGCCUGGGUGAAGAUGCCACCAGGUUAUUCUUGA